AAGUGGGGCUACCGGGCGUGCUGGACUUGGGGUCUCUACCCAGACCGGCUCCACCAUGUUCAAGGUUUCCUUUAAGAUCACGCUGACGUCGGAUCCGCGACUGCCCUACAAAGUGCUUAGUGCUCCUGAAAGCACACCUUUCACAGCAGUCUUAAAGUUUGCAGCAGAAGAAUUUAAAGUUCCUGCAGCAACAAGUGCAAUUAUUACUAAUAAUGGAAUAAGAAUAAAUCCUGCACAGACUGCUGGAAAUGUUUUUCUAAAGCAUGGUUCAGAACUACGAAUUAUUCCUAGAGAUCGUGUUGGAAGGUGUUAAAAUCUGCUACUCGGAACGUAAUACUUUUCAGAAUAAAUAUUGGUAUUGUUGCUGUUGUUUUAAAAUUGAAAUCAGGCAUUUAAAAAUCCUAUGAAAAUACCAAUUAUUGA